GAGACAAAGUGAGAGAGAGAUACAGAGGGAGCGAUUGGGGGGGUACUGAGGGAAAAUGUCCUUGCCGCUGCAUUAGACUCGGAACGGCAGUGCAGGAAAGGACGAGCAAGGCUAAAACAGAGGAAUACAAAGGAGAAAGAAGACAAGAGAAGAAGAGGAGAAGAUACGCAUCUUCAGGACAGCAGCUGUGGACCCCCCUCCAUCCAUUCCACUCCUUUCUCCUUCACCACCUUCUGAAAAUCCCCUUCCUGCCCCCUCUCUCACCCCUCACCCCCUUUCCAGCCCCUCCACUCCCCCUCCUGCUUAUUCUUUUACCACCUCCACCUCCCCCCCCCCCCCCGCCAGCCAGUGUUGUUGUCAACAUGGAGACCGGCAGUCCGCGUAAGAUCCAGUUCACGGUGCCUUUGCUGGACACCCACCUGGAUCCUGAAGCAGCUGAGCAGAUCAGGAGACGAAGGCCUACACCUGCCACCCUGGUAGCAUCCAGUGACCAAUCUUCCCCAGAAAUUGAUGAAGACCGACUUCCCAAUCAGCUGUACAAGGCAGCGCUGCUAAACUCCCCCCGGCAGAGACGGAAGGGGGCUCGCGGCACACCAACUAUGAAAGAGCUACAGUUCCUGGUGGAGCACCACCUAUACCGUCAGCAGCACGGGGGGGCCGCUGGGGAAGAGUGCUCCUCCGAGAGCUGCCUGUCAGACCGGCCGAGCCCAGACAACGCGACGGCCGGGGACGAGCUCCCGGAGGACGAGGGAGGGUGGAACGCAGAAGACAAGGCCACUGCAGAGGCCUUCGAGAAGCUGCGCUGCCAAAUGGAAGAAUUUUCUAGAGAAAGCCUGUUAGAAGCAUCUGGUGGCACUGAAGACCUCUUGAAGGAGGACAUUCUCACUCCCGUAGCCAAGGAAACACCAGCACAUCUUAAGCCAGCAGGCGAGAUGAAAGUGAGUCCACUGGCAAAGGAGGACAAGAAGGACGCCCUGGAGGAAGAGAUAUAAAGUGGCCUUCGGCUCGGCCAGAUGGAGAAUGGUGGAAACGACGUCUUACCCACCGCAUCAAAUGAAAAGACACUAAAGCUCCCAACUUCUGUGACUUUAUGGGCGAGAGGGACAGCAGCUUAACGAUUUGGCCUUCACUCAUUCAUCUCAUCUGUUGUUCCUCUGUUUUAAACAGCCUUUGUAUUUUCCUUUUAAUAUUCACAUUUUUUUUUCAUUCCUUUAUCUUAUGCACAAACAUCGCACAAAAUGUUAUAGUGGUAAAACUUUGAUGAAAAACGAAUGCCGUGCGGGAAGCGCACGGCUGUCUUGUUCCUGGGGGGUCUUCACGCAGACUGGGCGAGUUCUUUUUGACAGUGCGGGAGCGUAAGAACACAGCUUCCUGUGUUUAGCGCUCCUCUGUGAAACUGGAGAACUGAAAUUUUAUCAAUUUAUCCGUUUUGCUGUCGGCGCUUCAUUGCUUUUUUUUUAACCUUCAACGACAUUCCAUUUCAAAGCAAUAUCACAGUAUCUUGUGUUUUUGGUAAUAUUCUAGAACCAGGGGUAGAACAUAGGAAUUUUUGCUACUAGCCAACUGGCCUUCUUCGGUAAAAAAAAAAUGUAGUCCAACAUGCAAUUUUUUACUAGCUAGCAGGCUUGUGUUCAGUUAUUGUUCUCUUCCUUCAUCUUAACGACUUGCCUUAGGUGAGCGGGUAAGUUUAAUUUCCAACCCCGUCUUUAACAUGCUGAACCAGUGAAAAAGAUGGCGAGUUAAUUUAAUAAAACUUUCUUCUUAACGCUUAAAUGAGUCUUAGUGAAAUAGUCCAGGAUAAGGCAAGGUAGUUAGGUUUACUUUUUUGCUCUUUGGGUGAGUUUUUUUAGGUUAGUUUUUGUUGUUCCGUGUGCAGUGAGGUUUACCCACAACCUUGCCGGAAAAAAAAACAUGCCCCAGUUUCUUAAAACAGUUUCUCAGAGGUGCCGUGUGACCACAUUUCAGAUUGUAGACCGCUUGAUGUAGGUUAGACCUGAAUAGACAAAAGAGUGAAACCCUCUGAUUGCUUUUAGAUAGCCGAGUCACGUCAUAUAUGUUAGCAGUGCUGCCGGUUAGCUUACACGCAAAGCAGCCUGAAAAUGUGCGCGUAACAGUGGAUCGACACUCACCAUAGAACCUGUUUGUCACUUUUGUCCUAAGCAAGGGACUCUGUAAAACCGGAACCUGAAUCCUGAGUAGAGGGACGAUCGCUGGAUCUGCCCUCUCUCUUCCUUUCACUCCUCCUCUCACUCCUCCUCACCGAUAUCCCCAUCCCUCAUUCCUUACCAGUGUCUUUUGGUCUUUUGAAUACCCGUCCCCCCCAUGCAUGAGCAUGUCGAGAAGGACUGUGUUUACCUGGCUGUAGCCCGGCGAUACCGCACUGGUGGGAAUGCCCCAACCCACUACAGCCAUUGUGAAAUAAUUCCGUAACUGUACAGUGUUCUGUGAAUGCACAGGUGAAAGUCGAUACAGUAAUGUUUGUAACAAUACACUCUUUCAAAUUUUACAA